UUCCCCACCAACUGCAGACAUCCAACAGAAUGGGAUCCUAAUGUGAUACUACGACGGAAUUGGGGAGGCCGGCCGCCGGCCAUGGCGCAGCUUUACCUGGGCAUAUGUAAUUGUCCUUCAUUAUCAAUCUUCGAUUCUCUCAUGGCAAGACUUCCGGAAUAAGUACCAACGUACUUCAAAAUAGAUUUCUAUGCCGAGAUAAUAUGGCUGUGCUUUGAGGCCGGCCUGGCCGGCCGGACUCAUCUAAUCAACAGGAAGGUAGGAUUGUGCAGGCUUGAAAGGUUACGAAGGAUGUUGGAAAUCCCAAAGAAAAGAGGAUUCUCAGAAUUCGCAUAUAACACGCCGAAAGUACAGGAGAGAUCUUUUGAAAUCACUCAAUAUUGUCUGAAUCAUACUAUACUUUCCCUUUUCACCACCCCUAGCAUGUCUCCAAGCACUCUCUGCACAGCCUCGCAGCUGGUAAUCGCUGCUAUCUGGUUAUUUUCACUCUCUCCCACCCUCUGUACAGCAUGGAGUAUAGCCCCCGAUUGUGCGGCUUUCCCUCAGGUUUCAGCAGAAAUGACCGGCGCACUUAACAUGGCAAUAUACGGGAGGAUGAGAGCUGCCAACGAUCCGCCUCGUCUAGGCACGUCGAUGGCCGACUUACUCGCAGCGCCAAAUGAAAAUGAUCCCGAUAACCUCCAACUCGUUCAAACAUGGUUUGAAAACGUCGUCGACGCUGCUAGCGUUCCGAGCCCGGGCGGGAUAGUGAUUCACUGUUCUGACGCUCAUUUAAACCCGACCGACGCAGCGAAUAGAAAGUAUAUUGACGCCGAGAGGGGUAAUACGGUAGUGAUUGCUCCGGCCCCUCCAGCAGGGAUUACACCUACGAAUAACGCUUGUGGAGGUUUCGUAAAGGCCUUCACUUAUGCAGCUGGUGGGCAACAAGUCAUAGUCCUAUGUUCUGAUAGUGGCAAAGGUUCACUGAAAUCAAGUUUGGCAUCACUCGACCAAUUUCGAACAAGUGGAAACUUGAAGAACGAACAGCUUGUUCAGGCAAAGGGGCUUAAUGCCCUGGGCAUGUAUCUGAGCACGAUGAUACUGCAUGAGCUUAUGCACGCUGCCAGCUUCGCGGAGCAGCUAAAAGCACUACAACCUGCACAAUUUCCAGCAAUCCUCCCAGAUCAAGUCAAUAAUCAACCCGUCGGCGAAAUUUACCAGUACACUCCGAUUUCAGGCAAGAAACUCGGCGACCAAACAUCGUCAGGACAGCCAACUGCUAAUAACCUCCAACAUAACGCAGAUAGCUUUGCUUUAUUAGCUGCAAGCUGGUAUUUACCUCCUUAUGCAUGGCUUAAUGGGGAGUGUAAAACUAUAGGAGCACCUAGACAAGCACCAGGUGAAUACCCUGGUUCUCCUACACCUCCCGGGCCAUCAUGAGUUCUUAAAACUGAAUUAUCUUGAACAUCGCGACUUAUUUCCAGUUAUUUGACUUUCGAGUUACUACCCCCUUAUCAGUUGGCCCGGUAAGAGAGGAUAAUGUUAG